AUGGUAAAUAAUAUCGAAUACGUACAUGCGUUCCACCAAAGUGAAAAUGAAAUGUUUCAACAAUCUUUAAAUGACAAUAUCAAUAAUGAUCUAUCGCAUGACGUAUAUUUCUCUACGAGAAAUGCAGAUGACAUGAAACCUUUCCUAUUGCAUCAGAACGUCAAUAAUUUCAUCACUACUUCUAAUGAUAGACUCAUGAAUAAGACGCCAACCAUCUCCGAAUCUCCAUCUUUCUCCUCAAGUUCUUCUUCUUGGUUUGAACCAUUAGAAACUAUCAUUUCAUCCAACUCAUCUUCUUUCACUGGCUCACCUUUGGAUGAUGUCAGUUUUGUCGCUAGCAAUGAUAACGUUCACACCAACAAUAAUAGUGCCGCUGCUGCUGCUACUUCCGUAAUAAUUCCAGACGCAACCAUGUUCCAGACCAUGUCCCAGGAUUACCGACAACCUGAAAUUAAAAGGGAAGAAGUCAGUCAUGACAGGAAAUUUAUAAAGACUACUAUCAAUAAGAGAGCAAAGAAGGAAACUCUGGAGACCGUGAAGACAUGCCAAAGGAAAAGAUUGACCCCAAAACAAAAACAAGCACAUAACAAGAUCGAAAAAAGAUAUAGGAUCAAUAUCAAUACAAAGAUCGCCAAAUUACAACAAAUUAUACCCUGGGUGGCCUCAGAACAAACUGCAUUCGAAGUAAGUGACGCAAUCAAGAGAGAACAACAGAAUAAAGCAACUGCAACAAGAUUAAACAAAAGUAUGAUUCUAGAAAAAGCCGUCGACUACAUUCUCUAUCUACAAAACAAUAAGAAUUUGUACGAAAUGGAAGUCGAAAGAUUGAGAAAUGAGCUCGAUCUGUUGAAGAAAAAGUAUGAAUAG